CACACUCUCCCUUGACCCACUCUAUAGUGCGGCGUAGGCAAGCGUACUCUGGUAUAGGCUGUCAGCAAUAGAUAUUUUAUAAAUUUAUUUCGUAAAAUACAAAAUAAACAAUGUCUUAUUGCUGCAUUUGCAAAUCGCAUUCUGGCUCUCAUGCAGAUAUUACAUUCCAUACCAUACCACGGUCAGAAGAUUUGAGAGCAAAGUGGAUUGCUGUAAUCGGAAAAAAUGUUUCUAAUUACAGCAAAGUGUGCAGUGAUCAUUUUAAACCAAGUUUUUUCCAAUAUAAAAUCAAUAAGCUUAAUAACAUUCAAAGACAUUUAAUAAAAGGAGCAAUUCCUACAGCAGAAAAAUGCCAGGGUUUACACGAUACAAGGGAAUUGAAGUUGGUCAACGAAAAGUCAGAAUCUUGUGAAUCAGAACUAUCAGAACUAUCAGUAAAUAUCUUAAAUAAUGAAAAUUCAGCAGUCCAACACCCUAGAGAAAUUAAAGAUGUUUUAUCUCCUGUGCCUCUAUAUAAUGCGGACAAUAAUCAGAACGAUUCAAUGUCAACAAGAAAAAGAAAACGAUCUACAGACGAAGCCACCACAUGCAAUAAGGUACGAACUGUCAAAUUUAUUGGAGAUCUUUGCCCUGAAGAUUUUACUUCGCCCGAAUGCUAUAAUGUGGUUAAGAAAUAUCUGAAAACACACAAAACCCGAGUAAAUAGUCUCCAAAAGCAAGUUAGUCGACUAUCAAAGAAAGUCAAAAACCUUAAAGAUUUGCUUUCACAGUUACACGAUAAAUCUUCUGUCAAGUAAUGCUGUCGAUGAUCUGAAGGUAUGUUUAUGAUACCACUAUUUUGAUUAUGGCCUAGUAGCAUGAAACAUUUCUCUAAACUUGAAGAUGUAAUCUUAAAGGUUUCAUGAACGAUUCAUGUUACCAAUGAACUUUAGACUCGUACCAUUUAAAGAUAUUUAUUGCAUUAAUCGAUGUUCAUCCAUAUUAAGUAAUAAAUAUCUUUAAAAGGUAUGAGUUAGCUUGGGUCUACAAUAGGUGUAGUAAUGAUUUUAUAUGGGUCUACAAUAGGUGUAGAAAUGAUUUUAUAUCCUUAAGCCAUAAGAAAUUGAUCAAUCACAAGCGAUUAUUCUCCUCGCUUCAGACUGUGAUUGGUCAAUUUUUACGGCUUAAGGCUUACUACACCUAUUGUAGACCCGGGCUAAGGUAAGAGUCUAAAGUUCACAGUCUGAUUUCACCCGAAGUUUUAUGAAGCAUAAAUCUUUGAGUUGUUCUAAAUCUAUCCAGAGAGAUCCCUGAAGUAAUAUUUACUGCGAAUUGUUUUUUUGUAAAUCAUUAAUAAGAUUUUCAAUCAAUGUUAGGAAUUAUAUUAUUUCAUAUAUAAUUAAAUUAUUAAUUGUACAUAAAAUUAUUUCAUUUAUUUGAUCAAUUUUUUUAACUAUAAUUGAAAUUGAAUGUAUUAUAAAUCAUUCUAAAAAUGAAUCUCUUCGGAACAUGUAUGCUAUACAUAAUAAGCCAUCAUUACCAUUUUUUACGUUAUACCUCAUACACAUUUUGUGAUAUUUACAUAUCAUAAUUUACACUGUACAUUUGUUAACAUGAAAAUAAAAUAAUACAAAGCACAAGUCUAA